GCCAUGACAGACUGAGAGGCCAACUGCCUACCAGGACAGGAGCUCUUUGGAGAAAGGACUGGAGGAAGUGGUGAAAAAAGACUAAAACAUGAAUAAUCUUGUGAGUGAACAGGAGGUAACUGAGAGAGGUGUUUAUAAUGAGGUUGUUUCCCUCCUGGCACACAUGGAUGACCAAGAUAAGGACAGAAUUGCCCUCAGGAUUGCCUCUAUAGCUAGAACCAAGCUGGCUAGUGUUGUGAGAGUUCUAUUGGAGAAACUGCAACAGGAUAAGCAAAACAGAGUAGCCAUCUACUAUAUCCUGGAGGGGGUGUUACAGCAGGACACCGGGGGCCUAGAGAUAAGGCUAGUGAAAAACAUUGUAAGCCUAGCCUCAGACCAGAUGAGAGAGACUCAGGAAGCAACAAAUGAAGUAAAAGUGGCAGCUAGCAACACGUUAGUGACUCUGGCAAGCUGCUAUUUUGAUCAUGUCAUGUAUGAGCUACACUGUCAUCUGAAACCACCGAAGCUGCCUGAAGAGUUUAUUUUAGUUACGCUGGCCAACCUGUCAUCAGCCUAUGGUAUGGUAACUUCCAUCUUUUGUUUCAAAGUUAUCGUCUUUCAUUUAAGGACAGGGGAUUACUCUCUCUACCUAAAAAUGUUGCAGCUAAACAGAGCUCUGCUUGAGUGUGUGCGUGCGUGUGUGGAGAGACAAAGGAUUCACUGCUCUUGCUAGUUCUGGCUUCCAGAUCAUGAGCUGUCCAGACGGCAGUGGAAGCUCUAACUUCUGCCCCCAACUGAAGUUCCUUAAGGAUGGGAAUGAGUGGAAGAUCAGGUCUAGUGGAGCUCUUCUCCACCCCACUUCCCAUCCGGCCCCAGUGCUCUCUCCCCUUAUGCUGGGAGUGAGUUGAGCAUCGGGCACAGCUGUGCACUGGUGCAGGAUUCC